CUUGAACGCUACUCGUGAGCUCGAAUUGCAAGCGACGAACCCGUGAACGCGAUCCACCAGAAGCACGCUAGGCUACCGUUGGAAGCAUCGAAGCGCGACAGACGCCAACUGACCGUCGUGGCGUAAGUGCGUUUUUGUGUGUUGUUGUUUUUUUUUUCUGUGUGACAAUCUACCCCGAGAGCACGUGCCUUUGGUCGAGUGCAGUGAGUUCCACGUGUAACGGUCCUUCCCAUCGAUCGAAACUCUAGCUCUCCCAAAAGAGGAAAACAAAGCGGAGCAAGUUUGGUUUUAGUACCGGGUACUAAGUGCGCGACACUCGGGGAGAGAGUUAGUGAGACCCACUUGUGGGCCGAACGAAAGUGAGAGUGAGCGUUCCCGAGCAGCAGCAAGACCCCAGCCCCAGCAUCGCGGCGCGAGUGGAUUGUUUUUCGAAGCAAUUAUAAAAGUGUUAUUCCGCAUUUUAGCGCCUUUUAGUACCGUAUGGACUGUUGAUACAGAAUGAAGUGGAUUAUUGUGAUAUCGGUGCUAGUGUCCUUGGUGGCACUGCAAACCUCGGCCGCAACCAGAGAAAAGAAGCCGGAGAAACGACCCACCAAGAAGGCUUCCUCGGUAAAGCCAACCAAGACACCGAAAUCCAUUGUCGAAGAGUUCAACGGCCUUCCGCCAGAGGACAUCGACUUCAUCAAGGAGCUCGACAAGCAGUUCAACGAGCUAGGAAACAAGAUCAAAAUCAAGGUCCAACGAGACAACAGCUCCGAAACGAAAAGCACUAAGCGAACCAUUGACGGUGACCUGGGUUAUGGUCACUACAGAAAUCAACAUGAAGGAGGGUAUCAUUUUUCUAAACCGAAAUAUAUGUUAUAUCCCUACGCCCAACACCAUAGCGGUCACUUGAAAGCUACGCACUCCACUGAGGAAACGGUCACCGAGGUUGAAAUUACACCGUCGCACAGCUACGAACUGAAACCAAUCGAAGAGGUCUACCAAGUGUACCCCGACGGUCGCUAUCACCAGUCGACACGCGAACAGCAAUACUAUGAACAGCAGCAGCACCACCACCAUCAGCAAGAACAAGAGGAUGAUACUCCUACGAUAGUGCUGAAGAUUCCUGGACCAGCCAAAUACGCUCAACAUCUGAAAGCCCUUCUGCAGCAAUACCUGGAAGUCCGAGCGGCUCAGUUGUACAAAGAAAUACAGGAACAGGAGUAUCAACAUCAGCAACACGCAAUCGCACAGCAGCAACAACAGCUGAUACAACAGCAGCAGCAACAUGAACAUCACCAACAACAACAUCAGCAACACUAUCAUCAACACCACCAUGGUCAUCAGCAUCAAGCUCAACACGCUCAACCGACCAAGUACAGUCAACCAGAUCCCUACCAAACACAAGAAGUCUACGUCCAGAUGUACAACGCUGGGCAUGGAAAGUUCAUUCCUGUCCACGGUCACUACUACGAAUCACCUAAGAGUCGACCAACGCAACCAGCCUAUCGCAAACCGGUCGCCACACCGACUCACGUUGCCUACCACAGCACUUCCGAACCCGAACACGAACAACAAGCCUAUGAGUACGAAACCUAUCAUCAAUCGCAAGCCGUAGCUCAGCACCAACACCAACACCAGCAUCAACCCCAAGUCCAAGUCCAGUACCAAUACGUGCACCAACAAGCUCCUACUGCCCCCGAAGAACAACAGGAAGAGUACGUCUAUCAGAAGCCCAUGGUUAACUUCGUCACCCCAACUCCCGAUCACGACGAUCAUCAAGAGCACUACCAGCAACCUCCCAAAUACCAAAACUUCGCCCAGUACCAUGCCCAACAUAAACCACUCCACCAGGAACCCGAAGACUACCUUCCGGAACCGAAACUGGUCGAAAACUACCCCAGUGACAAACACACCCGAGUCGUAUACAAAUCCCAAUCCAUCAAGGCCCAACUACAGCAAGCCUCCGAAGAACAACCCGAAUACGCCACCCACCACCAGCAGGACCACCACCAAGAACACGAUCAGCACGAGCACGAUCACCAGGAACAGUACAUCUACCAGGCAGUGUACCCCUCACAGACUCCAUACCUAGAGAACAAGGCUUUCAUCGAACCCGUGACCCCGGAAGCGAUCAACGACCUACACAGCCAUGGUUCAUCUCCGGAACCGGAAAUUGAAUCACCCUACGAAACCGAACCGAUCGUUGCGAUCACUCAGAAACCCAAACACAUCUACAACUACCACGCCAAUACGCCCCGAUCAAAUUCCGGCCAUCGGAUGCAUGCCACCAGAUCCGCGGGCAGUGGCAGUAGCAGCGGCAGCAGCAGCAGCAGUGGAAAGGCCAAAAGCGGUAGCAGCUCCAGCUCCAGUUUGACCAGCAAGGCAUCCAGCAAACGGGAUGCUCCCUACACCGAGGAACAGUUCAAAAAGAUCAACAAGAUGGUCCAUCGGAUGAAGAAGAAGCAGACCCCGAGCGGAGCGCCGACCACUACCCGAAGUGUGACGAGCACCAACAAGAGUCAGUAAAACCUGAGCCUAGGCUUCGCGAUGUAAAUGUAUUUAGAUUGCGCAGAUUUACUUGUUAGGAGUUUAUUAUUUAAAUUAUUAGUCGUUAAAAUUCCGAAAAGAAAACAGUGAAAGAGCGAGAGAGCGCGAGAAGCAUUGACUUUAAAAAAAAAUCGAGAAGAUUUAGGUUCUAGGAUGCCGCCAUAAUGAUUCAUUUUGUGAAAUUGUACUUGUUUUGA